AGGCAUAGCUGAUAAUUUUCUUAAUUCAAUUGCCAUAUCUUCCUGCUCCUUCCCGAGCUGCUCUUAUUUCCCCGAAAACACAAGAAUGCCUUUGGUUUUUACUUUUCCUAGCAUGCGUAAAAGUCAAGCCUGGUUCGUUAGCAUUAUUUGACUAAUUCAAGUAUGAUGCCCAGUCUUCUAAUUUUUUGUUGUUGUUAGAUAAGUAGAGUUGUAGUUCGCCUGGAAGAAUGACGUCCAAAGCUGAGGUUCAGACGUCUCCAGGGUCCUCUCCGAGUGACCAGGCCACUUCGGAAACGAAGGCAUCUCCUGAUGCGGAGAAAGUAGCGGUGAAUCUUGGUUGGCUGGGUCACAUUGACAGUGGGAAGACUUCGCUAUGUCGCGCUCUGUCCACAGUGACUUCCACCGCGUCGCUCGAUAAGCAUCCACAGAGCCAACAGCGUGGGAUCACUCUAGACCUUGGAUUCACAAGUUUCAGUACGGAAACGCCGGAGCACUGGGGAUGUCCUGCUGGGUCGGAGCUUCAGUUUUGUCUUGUUGACUGCCCCGGGCAUGCAUCCUUGAUAAAAACGGUACAUAUUUACCUUAAACUCCACCGCACAUUUUUCCGGUAACUACAAGUUGAACUUCAUGUAGAUGGUUUCGACGACAUCGUUGCGCUGCUCGUAAAGUAAAGAAACGUUGGACUGAUGCAUUACAAGAAUAUUUGCACACUUGAUGUUUAUUACCAACUGGUUCAAUGGACUCUCUCCCAUAUAGGUUCUCGGUGGUGCGAAUAUCAUCGACAUGUGUUGUUUAGUCGUUGACGCGCAGAAGGGUAUGCAGACGCAGAGCGCAGAGUGCCUCGUUGUUGCCGAGCUGCUGACGGACCAGCUGAUCGUGGUUGUGAACAAGAUCGAUAUGCUGCCGGAGAGCGAGCGCAAAGACGCCCUUGACAAGCUGGUGCGCAAGCUGCGCAACACAGUGGCAAAAACGCGCUUCGGGACCGAAAAGGUGGCCUUUUGCUGUGUUUCGGCGUUAUCACGAAUCGGUCUCGAGGAGUUGAUCGCGACGAUUCACCGACAUCUGCGGCGGCCGCAGCGCGUCUCGUCUGGGCCACUCUUGUUCAGUUUCGACCAUGUCUUUCCGAUCAAAGGGCAAGGCACCGUGAUGACGGGCACGCUGUUGAGGGGCAGUGUGAAGCCGGGAGCUUUGGUCGACAUUCCGGUGCUAGGCGAGGAGGGCCGAGGGAAAAAAGUGCGCUCUUUGCAGAUCUUCAAGAAAUCCGCGAAAUCUGCGAAACAAGGCGAUCGCGUCGCCAUGUGCGUGCCGCAAGUGAAUGCGGCACUCCUCGAACGCGGAUUGGUGGUCGAUCCCAAGAGCCCCUUGCCGCGGGUCACCGGGAUGAUCGCUGUAGUCGAACGCUUGCCGUACUUCAAAAUGGAUGUUCUGUCCAAAUCCAAAUUCCACCUCACAGUUGGCCACCAAACAGUGAUGGCGAAAGCGUUCUUUUUUUGUCCGCAAGUGCUGUUCCCAAGACCUGAGAAGAAGGACAUGGCACUUUUUGAAGCGCAAACGAGAGCCUCAGGUGCCUGUGCGGUUGCUGCAUCAUCAACAGUUAGAAGUGGCAAUGGCGGACGUCACAAUCUAAACACGUUAGGACAGGGCGUCCUGGUAAACGCCAAGAUUUCGCAGUGGCCACGCAGUUUCGACCGGUAUCGGACAUACGUCCAUUUGGACCAAGCUUUCAAUGCAAAGAACGAAGUGGUCAUAUCCUAUCUCGAUGGCGAGGAGGUGACUCUGGUCGUCAAAAAGAAAGCUCAAACGGCUGUUUGUAGUAAGCCGUCAGUUGCAGACGCUGCUCCAUCUAGCGAACACGUACCUGCAUCAGAUACCAAUAGUGGAGGAGCAACCCCGUCUGCCAGUUCACGAGCAGGCUCCGCACUUGCAGCGCAAGGGACGCCCUCAACGAUAACGACCACCCCAAAAUCGUUAGGGGAUGCAUCUUUUUCCCCACCUGACAGAGCUACCAAGGUGUCAGCUGCACAUGCUACGAAGACGGACUCUGGACGCGGAGCUGGCGAGCCAUCCUCGUGCAUCGAGUUGCAAGCCCGUGGUACUAGCCGAGACGUGACAGAAAUUGUUUAUGUCAACGGGCGCUUGUGCGAUCAGGACCGGCAACCGCUGAAGAUAGGCACCGAAGUUGAAGCCUACGUGCCAGUGCGCAAAAAGGACGAAAUCCUCUAUCAAUUGUUCUAUCUGUGCCGCGGAGCGGAGGUGCCGCUCAGAUUUCAAAAUGAUGAUGGAAUUAGCAAUGGUCUCAUGUUGGUGAAUCCGGCAGAUCCAGCAGCAGGCGAAUUUGGAGAAGAUACCUCGGAAAAUGCACCAGUUGUGGAGGCAGAUGAGCCUGACGACACGGAGAAGAAAAAGAAAAAGAGUACAACGGGCGAUGCUGACGACGACGACAAGAAGAAGAAAAAGAAGAGUAAGAAAAGCUCCGAGAUUAAUUUCGACGACAAUAUCGAGGAGUAUGAUGAAGCGAGGAUAGACGCGGAGCUUGCCCUUCUCGAAGCCGAGCUUGCGGCAAAAAAGAAGAAGAAGAAAAAGAAAAGCAAGAAAAAGGGAGACAGCUCAGAUGAGAGCGAAGACGGAAGCGACGUAGAGGGGAUGGAUGCAGAUGCGAAAAAGAAGACGAGCAGCAAGGCUCCAAGUCCUCAGCUGGACGACGCCCGUGAAUCGGCCAAUGAAGCAACGACUUCGUCAGCGACAUUCGCGGCGAAUCUAGUCAAGCCUAUGAUAGCUGGGGCUGCCUCUACCAGCUCCAGCGGUCCGUCCUCGAAUGUUUCCUCAACAUUCCCGAAAAACGUUAAAGGGCUGAAUGUUCUCGACGAGGAGUACGGAUCUACGCCUGAGAGCAUAGAGCGUAUCAAGGCUUUGCCGGAGUAUUUUCACCUAGCGGGCAGAGAUCGGGAGCGGGCUGUGCCAGUCUGCUAUGCUUAUCUGGAUUUGGAGCAGAGCAUGCAAAUUCCAGACAACAGUCUCCUGAUUGGAAGUAAACUGGACUUCGACGCCCAUUCGCCGCAUUGCCGCAUUGCCUUCUUCGGAAAAAUGCUUGCCUACUACGACAGCACGGCUUCCAUGCCGCAACUUAUCGUGUCCAACCCAGAAACAUCAAGUUCAUCUUCAAGCCUGGCUGGUGGUAGCGCAGCUACUACUCCUUCAGCCAGUAGCAGCAGCGCGUCGCACUUUGCCGCAACUGGGCCAGUAAUCGCCGGUGGCGGUAGCAAUGUGGGUCUCGAUGGUCUUAUCGACAUCGUAAAAAUGCGUGAGAAGGUCGGACAGCUCGAAUAUUUGAAGGAACGGCAAACCUACACGGUCAAGGACAUGUUCAAAAAGGAUACUGAUCUCUCUUUGUUUCUGAAUCUGCGAGUCAUCCAUGAAGCCUCGGGUAGCAUUGGCGUAAUUGAGUCGGCUUAUGGAACUGAAGGAAACGUGCGCGUAAGGUUUGAGCGGGAUUUGCCAGUAAGUGUCGAUUUGAAGCGCGAUGGCUUAAUUGAGAACGCCGAUGGCCCCCAAGGUCGUGUCUUACUCCACUUCAAAAAAAUUGAAGCUAAACACGUUAACGCGAAAAACAAAAUCAUACAAUAAAGCAUAUUUGUUCUCGACGCUUUUUUGCUUCUCGUCCAUCAACGCACUACUUACUUUUUUUUUUCUCCCAAGUAAGGAACACGAACAUCUGAUGAAUCACAUCAAAUAUCCCUUGGGGAGCGCACCCCAUUCCGUGGUGACGGAGCUUCUAUGCCCGCUAGCCUGAAGAUAUAGCAACAUCAUGUUUUAUGUAUGUUGUUGGCGUACUUCGUCCACGCGUUGCUGUAAAGAAUUUGAACAUUGUUCCUUCUCCUUUCUUCCAAGACGACUUUUGUUCGUGUUUCACUUGUCACUGGCAUUUCUACCGAUGAACAAGGACAAGUUUUCUUCUUGUCGAACAUCGGAGUAGUUAGAAAAAUCGCUCUGUCGCUCUAUGGAUGUAUGCACUGUUGGUAUUCAUAUGCCAAUACUCUCGACAGCAAUUUCAUACGGGACCAAAGGUCGGUAAGCAGACAAGUCAUCUUGUACUUAGUUGGAAAACGAAAAUCAAUGCAG